CUUGACGCUAUUUUAUAUUAUAAAAUCAUAUUUUUUGUUUUAAAUCUCACAUGUUCAAUCACAUAUUAGCGUAAAAAACAAAACAACAAAGUAGUCGAUCAAUAUUACUCCACCAAGAAACUAAAUUUUAAGUUUUUCAAAUUGUAAAAAUUUGAUAUAUUCUAAGAGAUGAAGUGGAGCUUUGGAAUCUUCGUAGCAGUUUUCUUCUUGGCGUCCCUCGUCCUCGCUGAAGGUGAGAUCUGGGAGGAAGAUGAAAAGGAGGUACUCAUCAGGAGUGAACGCGGAGCCAAGAACGGAAAAGAUCCCUGCAGAUACGAGAAAGGCCCCUGGUCAGAAUGUGACUCAGCAACAAACACCCGUUCCAGAACCCUCACGUUGAAGAAGAAAGCAGGAGAGACUGGAUCUAAUUCACAAGCAACCUGUGAACCCACAAAAACUAUUAAGAAACCCUGCAAGAAAGCCUGUCGAUAUGAAAAAGGAACUUGGAGUGCGUGCAAUGCGCAGAAUGAAAUGGUACGCACUGACACAAUAAAAGAGAAAAGCGACCCAACUUGUGAACAGAAGAGGCUCGCUACAAGGAAGUGUAAAAACAAGGGUAACCGAGGCAGCAAGGCCAACAACAAAGGUGGGUUCGAUUCUGAGGCUUCGACCGUCGAACCUUCUUCUUUCAUCUAAGACUUUAAGACGUCAUAAGGAGCUAGACGCAACAGGCAGUAGAGUGUCGAAUAAUCAUCAAAGGGUAUAAGGGACUUUUUAACUUUUCACUCUGACGUUUUACCAAUAUUUUUCCAUGGCAUUAGUUUUCAUUUGAAUUAAUAAGUAUUAUUGUUCCAGUUGCAUGGCUAUACUGUAUGACUUUUAAACUCAUUUACAUGACCCAUUUUAAAAAUAAAAUAAAUAAAUAUAAAAAAUAUAUAUUAUUCGAAAAUUCGUUUUAAUGUUUCAUUAAUCUGUCUUAAGGUCGAUUGAAAUUACAUGUUUUUCUUAUAAUGUUCUAUGUAUGUAUUGGAAAUGUAACAUGUGAUUUUAAAAGCCUUUUGCUAUAUCUUAAGGGGUUAUAUACUUUGAAUGAAUCGUUGUUCCAUUAAUAAGAGUUCAAGGAUCAUUUGCUGUGUCCGUCUUUGUGAUUUCGAUUCGGUGUAGGUUUACUAAUAUUUGAAAAAUUCCAGUAAUGUAUAGGUGUAGAAAUCUCUGGCAGUAGGUCCCGACUAGCUUAUAGAGAUUCCAUAAAUUAUCAUUAAUAAUACUCAUUUUAGGAAUCAUAUACUUCCAGUUAUUUUAAUUAGCCAUUAUAUAUAACUUAUAAAAAACAAUUGAUGUGUAUAUACUGUUUUAGGCUAAAUGUUGUGUUUUAAUAAGACUUAUUAUGCCAUUUCUUUUUUUAUUUUCAUUUAAUAUUAGUUAUUCAUAAAGUUAAUUUAAUAAAUGAGUAUAAAUUAGUUUUAAAAUGUAGUAACGAAGGAGAGUCUACUAGCUGAAGACAUAAGGAACGAAAGGUGCCCACCAAAAUUGAAUAUUGUCUCAUCAGCAGCUCUGUGAAAUUUGAAAAAUUUCUCACUUUAAUACAUUUAUUGAUUUUUGUAACUAAAAGCGUGUGCAUCAAGAGAAGAUACUCAGACUACAUUUAUAUAUAUUUGUUAUUAUAAAUGUAAUAAUAGAUAAUAAAGUUGCAAUCAUUCUUUUUUUUAAUUUAUAAAAUCUCAUCUAUUUAUUCUUCCUUUUUCCUUUCUUCAAAUUCAUUAUGCCUGAAUAAAUUCUCCAGUCAGCAUGGGGAUAUCCAGAGGGG